CUGUAGCGGAAGAGACGUGGCAAAAAAAAUCCUGACCGGAAGAAAAUGUUACUCAAAUAUGAAGCUGAGUAACUAAGCUGACACACCUUUAAUAGUAGAGAGACGGUUAAUUUGUGGUGAUUCGAUCCCUGAAAUCCAUUUUGACAGCCAGACUAUGGGUCUGUGUAAGUGUCCGAAGAGGAAGGUGACAAACCUGUUCUGCUUCGAGCAUCGUGUCAAUGUGUGUGAACACUGCCUGGUGUCCAAUCACGGCAAGUGUAUUGUACAAUCCUACCUGCAGUGGCUACAGGACAGUGAUUACAAUCCUAACUGCAGUCUGUGUAAUCAGCCUUUAAAUUCCCAGGACACUGUGAGAUUAGUGUGCUAUGAUCUGUUCCACUGGUCCUGCCUGAAUGAACUGGCAUCACGCCUGCCCCUGUACACGGCGCCAGCAGGUUACCAGUGUCCAACAUGCCAGGGACCCGUUUUUCCUCCUCCUAACCUCGCCAGCCCUGUGGCUGACAUGCUGAGAACGCAACUGUCCUCAGUGAACUGGGCACGAGCAGGACUGGGCCUUCCACUGGUGGAGGACCAGUCUGUGGUGGAAGAAAGCACAGCACAAGACGUGACUGAUUAUACAGACUGGACUUUUGAUGCGCCAUCCGCCGAAUCUUCCAUUUCUGCCCCAUCACACUUUUAUCCCUCAGAACCCACAGUCGCUCCAGCGUGUUCCCAUCAGGACUUGGGCCACGGCCACAGCCACAGCCACAAUAACGGAGGAUUGGGGGUACAGGAGCACUCCGUUAUCGACAUGAUCACAGCCACCGCACCGGACACUAUCGUCAUCAACAAAGCUUCUUCACCUAGAAAGGUGUACGACACACGAGAAUCAGGCCACACGCCCGUCACUCAUAUCGACUUUGAUGAUGAUAAGUACCGGCGGAGACCAGCACUCAGCUGGUUCGCACAAAUCCUAAAAAAUCGCUUGGGCCCUAAGAGAAGGACGUUUACACUAAAGCAGAGGAUCUUUAUGCUCCUUAUCCUGGGAGUGAUCGGCUUCUUCACCCUCAUCAUCAUCAUGGCUAAGCUGGGCCGGGCUUCAGCUGACGAAGACCCCAACCUAAACCCCUUGUUCAACCCUAACAUCAGAGUGGGAAACAUGUGAACUGAGUGCAACUCCUGUAGUAGAAAACCAGCAGGAAGCGCAGUGUGACUGUCCUGAGGGCUGGGACCAGUGUGUAAAAUGCCUGUUCGGGUUGUGGGAAUGAUGAUGAUGAUGAUGAUGAUGAUGAUCCAGUUACUUUCCUUCCUGUUGAAAAGUCUCCUGCUUAAUAAGACCUGUCAUGAAAUUAACAUAGGAAAGGCACUCUGGAUAUUUAGAGCGUAUCUAACACUUUGCAGGCGGUUCAUGUCUAUGUGAACACGGUAGUUGGAUGUGUGUUUUUAAUGCGAGGGAGAAAGAAUUCUGAGAGAAAGCAAUAUGAGAAAUUUACAUACUAAAACAAAAUAGCAGAAUUUAAAUGUUUGCAGUUGAAAUUCUAUGAUAUCAGAUACCAAAGCUGUUCUUUACAGCCCCAAAUAGAAGUGAAUGAGUCACUUCAGUGAGAUAAAGGUGUGUGUGUGUGUGCGUGCAUAUGCAAUCAUUAAUAUGGUUCAUGCCAUAUUUUUGAGUGAAGUCUAGAUAAAAAAAUGGCACAGACCCAUUUCCGGACUAAAUAACCUGGUUAAACGGCGUCCAUUCUGACCACGGUUUAAUCUGUAUAUUCCAAAAUAUGUUGUUUAUUCUGUAAAUUAUUUUCAGAUUCCAGUUUGAAUCUGAAUUCAGUCCACAUGGCUGGUCUUUGGUCUAUAAACUGAAGAUGUUUUUUGUUUGUACAUCUGAUCACACUUUAAAUUAAGGUUCUCUUAACUGACACUAUUUAACGCAUUAUUUAACACCAAGAAAACACGACUCAUAUACAGUAUUGUUUUUUAUUUUUGUUUCAAACAAACCGAAAUAUAUUAAAUAAUGGUUGCGUUAACCAACGUAAAUAUCAUCAAUGAGUAAAAGUAAAGAAUAUAAUAAACAAGAACCAGUAACAAAUGUUUUUCACAGUUAUUCAGUGAAAAACUUUAGAAAGAUGAUUUCAUUUUUGGUAAUGGAUUGAAUAAGUCAAUGCAGUUGUAUCCCGGCUUAAUCAACUGAUUUAUUUUAUACCACAGAAUAUUUCUUUAAUCUUUCAACUGAUUUAAUUUUGUGUAAUAGCAAGAAUCUGUUCCCAUCACUUGCAUUCAAGCUGUUCCAUCACCAAAUCUUUUUUUUUUCCCUCUGCCUUAAAGACAAAGAAAUUACAGCUUUUGUUAUGAAGAAACCAAAAAGCCCUGAAGACAUCCUGAUGUUUACUAAACACUGUCACUGGAGACUCCUUCCAUAAAUGUUAUAUAAGCAUCACAUUACAUCAAUAAUUUGUUAUAAAUCACAUUGUGUUUGUAUAUUUUAAGAUUUAACAGGUUUAUACAAGUAAUCAACACUUCUGACCAAUCAGAUUUGAGGAUGUGGUAGCAUUGUAACUAAUGCAGUAAAUCUUGUUAGCUAAAAGAACCUGAAUGUAAAGCAUUACUGUACAUCUAAGUGAAAACUGUUCAGUCAGGUUUCUCUGUUCCUGGCUUUUUUGCUUUUAAGCGGAUAGUCAUAAUGUUUGACGGUAUGAUUUGAAAUGAGACAUUUGUAUAGUAUUCAUCUCUGAAAUGAUUGACCUAACAAGAUUUGUUCACAUCAAGCUCUAUUAAAUUAUGAACUUA